UGUGUUUACACAUUUUUGAUUGCAUGAUGUGGGAAGUUAUAAAAACUUUCUGAUGUGUUAAGCCAUUGUAAAGCAGCUUUUCAGUAUUAUCAGGUAUUCCAAAUGGCAGGUCAUUUUUAGGAAUACAGCAGCCUUUAGCAUUUUAGUCCUAUCUGGUGUUCAACAUCCAGUCUGAACAAGAGAUAAACCAAAUACGGACUGUGACACCUUAGAAUUGCACCUUACAAAACUCCUUUAUCUUCACACACCUUUCCUUUUUUUAGUUUGUAAGUAUCACAGUCGUGCUUUCUGUGUGUGCUCUCUUCAUGUAUGUAUGUGUGUGUGCAGACUCAGCGAGGGUACUGGCUGCAAACGCGACCAGUAUUGGCUUGGACACGAUAGAGGAAGAAGAGGAGAAAGCCAGGUUCUUUGCCCAGCUAGAGGCGGGGGCUUCUGCAACUAUAGAUUACUCCAAGCUGAACAGAGAGCUGGACUCAACUAGUUCUACCAUGGGUACUAACCUCAGGAAAGCCGAGGAUGCAGUGGAGCAGAGUGAUGAUGAUCAACGGGAAGCUGUCGCAGAGUCUCCAGGUUCCCCACAUUACAGUGAGGAUUUUGAGGAAGAGGAGAAUGACAAAGAGCCACUGAAAGAGAAGUCUAAAAUGUUGCCAAUUCUUGCCAAAGUUUCUCUCCAUGAUUCCCUGGAUGACACAGGUGGAGAAGACCGAAGAAAUGACAGAGGCCAGUCGUAUGUGCAGAGCGGAGGCUCAGACAUGGAAGCUCUUCACGAGGCCUACAGACAGAUCCAUGUUGUGGAAGAUUCAGAUGACCAUACCCAUUAUUCAUCUCUAGAAGGGAGGCGGGGGGUAAACAGACCCUUGUCUCCAUCCUCCCCUACUCAACAUGCCAGCCGGUCUCUUCAGCCUGCUUCUACCAAUGAGUCAGAGCUACCCACUGCAGAAGAGUUGAUGAGGCUCAUCCGGCCAGAGAAGGACCAUAUGAGGGGCUUCACCCUCCAGCCUGUCAGUGCUGUAGGACUUACCCAAGAAAAGCCAUCCCGCUUCUUGGAAAGUAGUUUCCCAGAUGUGACUUCUCCAGAGUCACAACUGAACCCACCAGAAAAGGCUGACCCUGUUGAAGGAGUAAAAGGAGCCAUGGAAUUAUCCAGCUCCCCAGACAUUCCCAACCUGACAUGGAGCAUCAGACAGGAAGUAGAGAGACUAAUGCAGGACCAGAACAAAUCUUCUACUUACACGUCCUCUCAGCUGGCCUCCCAUGGCUCCACUAUUUCUCACUCCUAUACAUCUUCAGUGAGGAAACCCACUGUGGCUCCCAUGCGAGGCAGGAGAGCGGAGGGGAGAACAGCAGUGACUUCCAGGUCAUCAGGGCUGAGUAGAACUACUGCUUCAGCCAGAACCCAGUCUUCUGUUUCCCGUCCUCUGCAGCAUCCACAGGAAACAGCCAAAUUCACAAAGAGCCAAGAAAAAGACGACAACACAGCAGAGCCGAGUCUGAAGGCAAGCAGUGAGCUGGUGGCAUCUGUUCAGUCCUUAGUGUCUGUCCUCCGACAGCAGAUAGACACCGGCAGUCACCAGGAUGCUACAGACACACAGGAAGUCAGAGGUCCUCAAGAAACCAGACAGACGCGUCUUCCAUACAACAAUAGGGAGGGGGACCACUCAGUGGUGGAGGAGCUGAGAGUCCAGCUGGCUCGAAAAGAGAGGGAGCUGCAAAUGAUGAAGGAAGGCGCAGAGGAGCUCAACUCACUCAGACAGCAGAACUACCUACUGCAAAGCAAGCUGCGAACAGCAGAAGAGGCCAGUCAGAAGAAGAGAUGGGCUGAGGCCACGGACUCUGCUAGAGGCCAAAAGCUCCAACAAUUUGAUAAAGAAAUAAAAGAGCAGGAGACGCUCAUAAAAGGUUACCAGCAGGAGAAUGAGAAGCUGUAUGCACAGAUGAAGGCUCAGCAGGUUAAGAGUAAAGCCAACACGGAGGCCAUGUUCAAUGAAAACCAGAGGCUGCUGAGUGAGCUGGCUUUCACAAGGGAGCAGCUGAAUAAAACCUCAAGGACUGUGGGAAAUGUAUGCUUAAUGGAUCACACUCAACGCAUUACAGACUUGUUAGCCCAAAUGAAUACAUUUCAGAGGAAUGAGGCCAAGCUGUCUGAGGACAUUCGCACACUGAAGCAAGAAAAACAGGCUCUCACGGUAGACCUGCAGCUAAUGAAAAAAGAGAGGGAGCUAGCCAAAGCUCAGGCCAUGUCUGCCUCAGCAGGAGGAGAUCAUGUGGUUCAUGGAGAAGGAGAACUAGGAGAUGAGUGGGGGGGGGAAAUGCAACGCCAAGCCACAGUCGUGAGACCUGUGUUUGAAGGCUCUGUGGUCCUAAAUCCACCGUCUAAAGCUACAGGAGACUCGGAGGGAACCUGCAAAAUGCUCCCGUGUUCAUUCAUUAUUUUCUUGGGAUGA